UCCGUCCUAGUGUCUGCCUGUAGCAAGAUGGCGGCGGUCUCAAUGUCAGUGGCGCUGAGGCAAGCGUUGUGGGGGAGAAGGGUAGCGACUGUAGCUGCCGUUUCUGUUUCCAAGGUUUCGACCAGGUCGUUGAGCACUUCCACAUGGAGGCUGGCACAGGACCAAACUCGAGACACGCAACUCAUAACAGUUGAUGAAAAAUUGGAUAUUACUACUUUAACUGGUGUUCCCGAAGAGCAUAUCAAAACUAGAAAAGCCAGGAUCUUUGUUCCUGCUCGCAAUAACAUGCAGUCUGGAGUAAAUAACACAAAGAAAUGGAAGAUGGAGUUUGAUACCAGAGAGAGAUGGGAAAAUCCUUUGAUGGGUUGGGCGUCAACGGCUGAUCCCUUAUCCAACCUGGUUCUGACUUUCAGUACUAAAGAAGAUGCAAUUGCCUUUGCAGAGAAAAAUGGAUGGAGCUAUGACGUUGAGGAGAGAAAGGUUCCGAAACCUAAGUCCAAGUCUUAUGGCGCAAACUUUUCUUGGAAUAAAAGAACAAGAGUAUCCACAAAAUAGGUUGGCACAGACUGUAUCUCUGUGCUUGACUGUGAAUAAAGUCAGCUGUGCAGUAUUUAUAGUCUGUGUAUAAUACACCUCUUAAUCUCCUAAUAAAUUUGACCUUUAAACUACAGAAA